GACAGCGAUGUGUGCGAGGGAUUUGGAUUUUCUUAAUUCGUCUCAGAACAGUCCGUCCGUGUUGCUUGCUUCACGACCUUCGUCUCGUGAAGGUCGUGACUAUCCUGACCACGGUCGUUGAAAGCUGUUGAAACGUAUGUUGCUUUUUAACUAAAAUGUAGGUACGGUUUUAAAAUUAGUUCAUACAGUGCGGCCCUUACGGCGGCCUAACCGUUAGGCAAGUGGCGCCAUGAGACACGCGGCCAAGGCUGCGGUCGACAGCAGCCGCAAACUGGUGUCGGGACAGUUAUGCCACUCGCAAGCCCCAAUUGUCGCACAGUUUUUCGGCGGUAAUAGCAGUAGCUCUCGGGCCAUCCUUGAUGCGCCAUUCCACAACAUACAUCCGAGCAAGGAAGAGGCAGCCCAAAGCACUGCUGGCCCCAACCACCAUUCUAAACACCUUGCCAGCCAGCUCAACGGUCUAUCCGGGAGCAGGAGCAGCGGCUGUAGCAGCCCAGCUGCCGGCCCCGCGGUGACAAGUCCACGUCCACAUGGCCAGUCCAGCGGGCAGCCCGGCGCUGCGAGCCCCGCUGUCCUCCCCCUCCCCCUCCCUCCAACCCCUCCUCGACCACCUAUGGCAGUUUCAGCCCCCGUCAGCAGAGUGUCAGACACAGCCCCACCCCAUGCCUUGGCAGCAGCAGCAGCAGCAGCAGCAGCAGCUUCCCCAGGCUUCGCCCUCCUGCCGCGCACCCCCCGCCCCCCGGCUGCUGCCACCUUGGCUCCUGUCGGCAGGGCUGCAGGUGCCGCUGCUGGUGCUGCAGCUGCUGCCGCCUUCUCCACUAGCACUGGCGCUGCGGGCAGUAGCAGCAGACACACCAGGAGCACCACCACCAGCCCGGACCCCAAAGGCAGCAGCAGCCCCCCUGGCAGCAG